AUGGUGGAUGACCGUCACAAGACGCCAGUCACUCGCAUUGACGCCGGUGACGAGCUUCAAAUAAUCCCCUUGAAGCCCGUAGACCAAUGGCGUCCACUGGAUAACAUACGAUCCCUGCUUUUCCUCGCCAUGCGCAAACCUCUCAAUGAAGAUGCGUUGCGCGACGCUCUCAAUCAGCUCAUUAGACGUCACCUGCCUAUUCUCGGAGCUCGCAUUGAGCUCAAAAAGAGCGACCUGGAGUAUCAUCUACCUAAGUCCUUUUCUUCGACCUAUCAGUUAUUCGACUGGACAAACAGGACGAUAAGUUCCACUCUGGGAGAGAGCGACUUGUUCCCGCAAGCACAUGAGUCUGCCUCGGGGGCGUUUUUUGCGCCGGUCAAUAUCCCAGAAAUGGAGAAAGCCUGGACUCCAUCCAGUUGGCCCGUUGAACGCAAGUUUGAGAAACCUGGCGCACCUCUCCUGUUUGUUCACAUCACCAAGUACACCAACGCCACAAUUGUGGCACUAAACCUGCCGCAUGCAGUGUCCGAUCAAAUGGGGUUCGGAAGCAUGAUCAAGGCUUGGAUUAGAGUGGUCGCUGGUGAAACACCUAUGGAGUUUCUCGAUCUCUCCCCUAGCGCGCUCGACGGUCCCAAACUUUCGCAAAAGGAGUUGCGGAAGAAAGGCGAAUAUCGCAUUCUGAGCAGUAGAGAGCAAGCCACCAAAAUAAUUCCGUUCAUCUCUGAUCUCAUCUUUCACUCCAAAGAAACUCGGAAGACACUGUUUCUGCCAGUGGAGGUUGUGGAUGAUCUGCGCAAGCGGUGCACUGACGUUCUGAAAAAGAAGUACGGCAAGGAAACAUUGCCAUUGACGAAUGCUGAUAUUCUCACUGGUAUCCUGGCCAAAUUCGCACAUUUGGAUCACAGACGACCAAAGAUGUUGACCUUGAACUCCACCAUCAAUAUGCGGGGACGACACCCUGCACUUCCCGCAAACAAGUCUUAUCUUCAUAACGCCCUCUCCUUUGCCGUUUCGCGGUUACCGAUUGCGAGCAACACGCCACUAGCAGAAGUGGCGUACAAGAACCGUCUUGCAGUAACCGAGCAACUUCAGUUGAAAAGCAUUGAGCGCAGCCUGGCUGUCACCAAGGAGUUGUACAAACGGAAAUAUCACAUCCACGUCGUCGAGCCCUCAGAUAUUAGCUACGCAGUCACGAACUGGUGUGGGGCAUGGCGAGAUAUUGACUUUGGUCCGGCGAUAAUCAGAGGAGAAGGCGCAGCAGCCACUGACGAGAACAGUACAGCUGUGCCUCUUAUCUUUGGUCACUCGCUUCAGCGCAACUAUCCGACAAGGUAUAAUGCCCAGAUUAUGUGCAAGGCGGACGGCGGGUAUUGGUGUGAUUUCACCGCUCACAUAAAAGCAAUGGAAUGUGUUGAACGCCUUCUCAAGUCGGAUCCUAAGCUGCAAAGCCUCUAA